AUGUUCAUUGUUGCAGUGUCAACUGUAGAGGUGGAUGCGGUGUUGGGGCGUACGGCGUCUCUCCCUUGUGACGUCACACCCGAUACCAACGAAGACCGAGUUUAUAUGGUGCUCUGGUUCAGGAAGAGUGGCGGGAAACCUAUUUACAGUUUUGACGUACGUGGGCGGUCGUUCAACAAAGCACUACAAUGGUCUGAUCCAGGUGCCUUUGGUCCAAGAGCAUAUUUCGCCACUGUUGCGAGACCUGCAGCGCUCACGUUAAGCUCUGUACAAUUGGACGAUGAAGGGGUGUAUCGGUGCCGGGUAGACUUUAAGAACUCACCAACUAGAAAUUUUCAAAUCAAACUAACAGUAAUAGUGCCUCCACAUCAGAUGUUGAUGUACGAUAAAUCUGGCGCCGAUGUAUCAGGAGUUGUAGGCCCUUUGGAAGAAGGGUCUGCUUUAGUCUUGGUGUGCGAAGUAAGAGGUGGGCGACCUGAACCUGUUGUUUCAUGGUGGAUAGACGGAACUCCAGCCUCUCAAUAUAUCGGCGUUAAAACAGACACGCAUGUGAUAGUCAAUCGUCUUGAAAUGCAACAGUUGAAGCGAGAAGACCUCAACACAACCUUCAAGUGUAGAGCUUCUAACACCAAUUUGGUGCCACCGCAUGAGAAAAUUGUUAGGCUUGAGUUAAAUUUGGCUCCUCUGUCAGUGUCUUUGCUUAACCGACCACAGCAACUUCUGGCUGGUGCAUCGGCUUCUCUUCGGUGUGUCUCAGAAGGGAGCAGACCACCCGCACACAUUACCUGGUACAAGGACAACAGAAGUUUCGACAAAGAUAUGGUAACAGAUCAUGCAAACGAAACAUGGUCAGUUAGCACACUAGUCUUCAGCCCCAAUCCCAUGGACAACGGUGCAACAGUCAAGUGUGUAUCGGCUAAUCCAAGUUUACCCACGAAGACGAUUGACGACCACUUGCAGCUUAAUGUUGUACCACACGGUCACGUUUCUUUAGAUGCUCCGGUAUGUGGCGAAACGUCACCACAAGUGGUCGGCGCGGCGAUAGAUGAAGCACUUCGUGUCCGCUGUGCUGUACAUGCAGAUCCAGCCGAUGUGACGUUCUUAUGGCAGUUCAAUAACAGUGGCGAGAGCUUUAAUGUAUCUCCUGCUAGAUAUGGUACAGUCAACGGCAGUAUAAGCGAACUCCGGUAUAUUCUAGCGAGUGAACGCGACUAUGGUGCAUUGACUUGCCGUGGCACCAACACUGUGGGCCGACAAACACAACCCUGUGUUUUCCAGAUUGUUCCAGCAGCUCGUCCAUCACCACCUCGUAAUUGUACUGUUACGGCGAGCAAUGGAUCCAACUGGAUAGAAGAUUCCGUCAGGGAUGAGUUUGGAGAGUCAAUGAUGGUCCGGUGUGUAACUGGUUACGACGGUGGCCUUCCGCAACUCGUAGUGCUAGAAGCUUUGAAUACAAAUACCGGGAAGAUACGAUUCAAUGUAACUGCUAAUGAGACAGACGGAGUAGCAGUAUUCAUAGUUCCAGCUGGCAUUCUCUGGACAAGCGGUAGCGCUCUUAGGCUCACAGUACACUCGAGAAACGACAAAGGAGCUUCCGAUCGUAUCAUGCUUCACGCUCUCGCAUACCAGGAUCCUGAGAGACGUACAGAUGGCGGCACUGGUUUAAUGGCUGGUGUAUCGAAAGCUGCGUUCUGGUUGAUAAUCUUCACAGUUAUCAUAUGCACGUGUGCAGCCGCUUUCACCGGCUUCUUUUUACGAAGAAAAAGGAAUAAUCCUCCUACAAAGCAGCAGUCAUCAGAGUUGCAGCUUAACGCUGGAGACGGCCAAUACGUAGUAGCUUAUACACUGAAGCCACCCAAACAUGCGCAGCCCGAUAUUUUAAAUCCUCCACCAGACGGAGGACCUCCAAGCACAAAGUGCGUUACAGAGUCAGCUGCAAAAAAUGGCACCCUUCAUGCGAGUGAAGAAUGGGAUACGGGCGAGCGCGCGAGCGCUUUUCUUGACGACCACCGACCCGUACUGUCACCAAGAAAAGCAGUAUUGAGUAAACAACCGAUUACAGUAGGUAGUAUGACAUUAAGUAGGAGAGAACAUCUAAUUGCUGAAGAAAUACCAGGACCAGAAAGUUGCGUAUAA